CCUUCGCCGGCUCGCUCAGCUAAGUUUGCUCUUCCUUCCAAUCCAUCCUCGAGGACCUCACCCUUCGAUGCUUCCAUCCAUGGCGGAGCCGCAGGCUGCGGGGGCGAAGGCGGAGGGCCUGUCGAAGCCUGUGCGGAUCGGCGGCUCCGCGGCGGAGGCCACGCUCUCCGGCGGCGAGCUGACGUGGCGCGCCUCUGGCGGCGGGGAGAGGGUGAGCCUGGAGCUGGAGUCCGAGGUGCUCGGGGUCCGGGUGGACGGGAGGGUGCUCAAAGUCGCGACCUUUGGAGGGGGCGACGAGGCGGCGGCGGCGGGGAGAUCGUCGCCGUCGUCGCGGCCGGUGACGUGCGGGGGCGGACGAGACGGCGGGGGCGGGAGGGUGAGGGAGGUGGUGGUGGAGAUGGAGAGCGAGGAGGCCGCCGCGAAGUGGGGGGACGCCAUGAGAGAUCGCCUCGCCUCGCUCGGUCGGCCAAAGAGACUGUUCAUCAUAGUUAACCCUUAUGGUGGAAAGAGAGGUGGGCGUAAGAUUUUCCAGACUGAGGUCGUACCACUCAUUCAAGCUGCUGGCAUCCUAUACAGCAUGCAAGAAACCAAGCAUCGGCUUCACGCUCAAGAAAUUGCUCAUUCACUGGAUCUUAGGAAAUAUGAUGGAAUUGUUUGCGUGAGUGGAGAUGGUAUUCUUGUAGAGGUGGUUAAUGGUCUGCUACAAAGAGAGGACUGGAACACAGCAAUAAAAAUACCAUUAGGCAUCAUUCCAGCAGGUACCGGAAAUGGAAUGGUGCAAUCGCUAUUGCAUUUUGCUGGUGAAUCCUUCUCUGUUUAUAAUGCUGUUCUUGCAAUCAUCAGAGGACACAAGCGUCCCCUUGAUGUUACUUCUGUUGUGCAGGGAAAGACAAGGUUUUUUAGUGUCUUGAUGCUUACUUGGGGUCUGGUAGCUGAUAUCGAUAUUGAGUCAGAGAAGUAUAGGUGGAUGGGCAGUGCUCGUCUUGACUUCUAUUCCCUUCUCCGUAUGGUGAGCUUGCGGCGGUACAAUGGACGUGUUCUUUUUGUUCCAGCCCCAGGAUAUGAAGGAUUCGGUGAUCCUGUAGAGCAAAUUACCAGCUGUAAACCAGAUGGGGCUAGCACUGGUAUACAGGGGGACACAUCAAAUGAUUUCAAUGAUGAAACAUGUGCUUACACGGGCCCUUCAAUUGAUGAAGCUGAUCUUGAGUGGAGAUCACUGGACGGCCCGUUUGUUUCGGUUUGGGUCAGCGGAGUUCCUUUUGCUAGUGAAAAUGUCAUGGCAGCACCAGAAGCUAAUUUCGGAGAUGGCUACUUGGAUGUAGCCAUAAUCAAGGACUGUCCAAGGUCGGCUCUUAUUGGCCUGGUGUUUCAGAUGAAGGAUGGCAGCUAUGUCAAAUCCCCCUAUGUGGAGUACUUCAAGGUGAAGGCACUCAGGAUUGAGCCGGGGAUGCGGGUGGGCAGCAGCACCAAGGGUGGCAUCAUCGACUCCGACGGCGAGGUGAUCGCGAGGGGCGACGGAUCCCACACCGGCGACGAGAUAGAGCACCUGAUGGCCUACGGCCCUCCCAUCCAACUCACGGUGGACCAGGGCCUGGCCACCAUUUUCUCCCCUAGAUGAUUACUGAUCCUGCCCUGAAUUCUUCCCUUCUUUUACAGCAUAUGUUACUACUUUACAUCUGUAAUUACUCACAUCACAAAUGCAAGGAGAGCCAAAUAGCAACGUUCGGCGAGAAAAAAAAAGCAUCCUUCUCUUUUUUAACACUGAUCAGUAAUAUCUGCUUUUACUCAAAGUGUGAUGAGAAUGAGACCGGUAUACCACAAGAAUUCUGAUGCUGCUGAGAGUCU